ACUUCUUAAAACACCUACCGUAAUAGCUCUACCUUUCUCUUCUGAGUUAUAUCGUGAUCGAUUAGGAAAAGUAGUCGCGCAAUUCCGUACCGUGUACUUUUUGAAUUACUUCAACCUGAAUUAUCUUCCUUUUUUCGCAGUCAUGGGCAAUGAUUCAUCCAAGUCAAAGUCCUCAUCAAGCAAAGGAGUUGCUUCCACAUUGGGUAUCAGAGCAGGACCAUCACAAGCUACUGUACAGAGGCACAUUGAGAAUGCACAGAAGAGUAGAAUUCUUCAGUUAAAGUCAUGUGGCUUGAAGGCUCUGCCUCCUUCUCUGGAGGAGCUAUUUGAAGUGAUCCGGAAUCUCGAACUCAGUCAAAAUAAGAUAAAGGAGUUGCCGCCUUCUAUAGGAAAUUUCACUGUUCUCAAACAACUACACCUUUCAGAGAAUGCUCUCACUGAACUUCCUCAUGAAAUUGGAAUGCUAAAAAAUCUGGAGAUUUUGAAUGUACAAUCAAAUAAGUUGUCCUCACUGCCCGACAGCCUUGUUGGUUGCACAUCGCUGAAGACGCUUAAUGUUUCGGCAAACAACUUCUCUCAAUUCCCCGUGCCUGUUUGUCACUUGAUGUCACUUGAGACGUUGAAUCUUGCUCAGAACACCAUCACUGAACUUCCAGAUGAGGUGAGCUCUUUAAAUGCGUCUGAAGUCAACUUGAAUCAAAAUCGUCUCAACUUCCUGAAUGGAGAUGCUCUUGCCAAAUGUCCUCACUUGAAGAUUCUACGAGUUGAAGAGAAUUGCCUCGCCAAGACUGAGUUCACAGUGAAUCUGUUGUCGCACUCUCCUGUCAGCAUUAUAAGUUGCUCAGGUAACAUUUUCCAAGAUCGAGAAUUUCAAGACUUACCUGGCUAUGAGGAUUAUCAAGAGCGUUUCACCGCAACGCGAAGAAAAAUGUGA